AUGGACUUGGAAGCAGUGAAGAGGUACUUGGAGAAGGGAGUGGGAACAUCAUCGGAGGUUGAUGGGUUGCCACCCAGGUUUCUCGAACCCUUAAUCAUGAACUCCCUUAAGGUUGAUCUCAUCGAACCUGGUCGCCUCGUCUGUUCUAUGAAGAUACCACAACGUUUACUCAAUGCUGGCAAUUCGUUGCACGGUGGCGCCACCGCUGCGCUGGUGGAUAUUGUGGGGUCCGCCGCGAUUCCCACAGUUGGAUACGCAGGUUCCAAUACGGGGGUUUCCGUCGAGAUUAAUGUUUCCUACUUGGAUGCUGCCUAUGCCGAUGAGGAGAUUGAGAUCGACGCCAGGACUCUGCGUGUAGGGAAGGCUGUUGCUGUUAUAAGCGUAGAGUUUAAGAAGAAAAAAACUGGCAAAAUUUUUGCCCAGGGGCGUCAUACAAAAUUUCUUCCUCCAUCCAGCAAAAUGUGA